UCACGUGGUCAUAGUGUCACGUGGGGUCCCUUCACAACCACCCCCAAACUCUGUCCACCUCUUCCUGAUCGCCUUCCUCUCUCUCCGCCGCCGCCGUCUCUCUCCUCCUCCUCCGUCUCUCUCCUCCGCCGCCGCCGCCGUCUCCUCUCCCCGUGAGCCGCGAGUGCGAGCGACACUCAGCCUCGGUGACUCCGCGAUGGCCGACGAGAGCAAGGAGCCUGGCGCCGCCGAGGGAGCGGCCGAAGUGGCCGCGACUCCGACUGCUCCUCUGCCUGGCGCGAGGAGGAAAGUGGACGUGCUGCUGAAGGCAGUGGGCGACGCUCCCAUCAUGAAGCAGAAGAAGUGGUCCGUGGAGACGGGGAAGACGGUCGCCUGGAUCAUCCAGUUCGUGCGCAAGUACAUCAAGUGUGAUGCCGCCGACUCGCUGUUUCUCUACGUGAAUCAGUCGUUCGCUCCGGCUCCAGACCAAGAUGUGGGAACUCUGUUUGAGUGUUUCGGCAGCGACGGAAAGUUGGUUCUACACUACUGCAAGACGCAAGCGUGGGGUUAACGAACUCUUCUUCGUCCGGAUCUCCUCCUCCUGCAGAUAAACCGGUCUCAACACCCCCCCCCACCUCCGCUCCAUCCUCUUUACAAGUCGUCCUGAUGGGCGUAGCAACUUCAGAUACCGUCGCUGUGGGUUUUAGAACUGGGUAUGCAUAUUGAACUUUUUUCAUAGCCGUACGGAGCCAACCGCACGAGUCGGAGGUGCGGGGGGGGAAGGACAACAAACUAAACACCAAAAGCAGUUCUAAAGAAAUGAGUUUUCAAUCUCGACUAUUUAAAAGUGCGUAGCUCACAGUG